AUGAUGGAAUCCACAGAUCGUCAACCGAGGAAUGAAAUCGGACCACCGCCGAUGGUUGUUCAGCAGUAUGCAAGAUACCCGCCAACAAUGGAAUCCUCGCUCCGCAGCGCCUCCUCACUGGGGAGCGCGCGGAGUCAAGUAGACCCCAAUAGAUCACCUGCUAUGCAUCGCAAGGGAACUCCGCGAAGCUUACAAUCCUCGCCGCGAGGUAUAAGACCUGCGAUACCUGCAUCAGCUGUUCGCCCCGGCCCAUCUAUGUCACCCCCCGUAUUCGAUUCCCUGCGUCCACACCCGAUGAAAGAAGCAGCCGACCAAGCAGAGUCACGAGUCCUGCCAUCCCGCGAAAUUACUGAUGAAAAUAUCGACGAUUCCUAUGUGCUCUUCAUCUUUUAUUGCAACCCCAAUGUUCCCUCUUCCGUUGAUACCUCUGAACUCAGAAAGACGUUUCGUUGUCCGCCGCGCAGCGAUGGGAAAAGUUUCAGUGUUUUUAUUCUAUUUGAGUUAAUACGAAAGCUCGACAACAAAGAACUGAAGACCUGGAUCCAACUAGCCAUUGAAUUGGGCGUUGAGCCCCCCGAUAUGGAGAAGAAGCAAAGCACACAGAAAGUCCAACAGUACGCCGUUCGACUAAAGCGAUGGAUGCGUGCUAUGCAUGUUGAUGCAUUUUUUGAAUACUGCUUGGGACACCCCCAUAAUUAUUACACUCAACUGCCACCCUCUGGUCCAUUUGUUAGCGAAUCUCGAGACGGCGUGCCAUUGGAAGAAGACCUCGCGCUUCGAGCGCUUGUACCACAAUGGAAACCCAAGCGAGGCAGAAAAAGAGCCGACGAGAGAGAGAUUGAUGAGGACAGACCUGUUAAGAGGCCUUCAUUGGACACUUCUAUGGCUGGAUUGCACCCUACGGGCUUUCAUAACCAUUCAGUGACAUUUCCACAAAGUGCCAUACCUUUCAGUGCAUUCCCUGAAGAUGAUCCAUGGAUGACAGCAACAACUUCAUUUCCUCCGCAGACAUCGACAGAGCAACCAGGACAGGACUUACGCUGGAGACUUCCAGACCGGGAGAACUCCCCAGCAGCUUAUCCCCAGUCCGCCAUCAUUCCAAGAGGUCAUCACGCAGAUAUGCUCAUGUCUGCUGAACCUCGAUCUGCCAUUACGCCGUCAUCGGGUGAAAAGUCCCGUGCCAAGCGGAAACAUGGCCCAGCUGUUUCAUCCGCUUGGUCCACUAGUACAAAUUCAGUCAACGGAAAGAGUCGGGGUAGACCUCCAAACAAACCAUCCUCCGGUUCCUUCUCUACUUUUCAAGUACAUCCAAGCAGAGAAUCCUCACAAAUACCUCCCCAUUCAACCUCUCAGCCUUCCUCUCUCGUUGUUGAUCAAACUCCAACCCCUAACAUCACAUCAACCCCAUCAUAUAAUCAGUCAUCAACACCCCUCAAUCAAGGAAGGCCUGGAAAGCUUCAACUACAAGUUCCCCAGCACAUGGGGGCUCCAGUGCGACUUGCUACGCCUCCCACUUUGCUAGUCAAUGGAGUCAAUGGAACGGCGGUCCCGCCAACAAGCUAUGCCCAUAUUCCUCAAAUUCCCAACCCCCCGAAUACAUUGGGCGACCCAGGACCUAGCCUAGAUGCAGGAGUCCCCGAGUCGCCUCCAAAGAUAUCAUUUGACGAGAUCAUUCGUGCACUGUCAACUGAACUUCUAGGCGCUCGCCUCAUGAGGCCCACUCCAUUAAAUCCCGACGAAGCUCAUAAAAUGGCGACCAUGAUGGUGUUCAAUUUAUCCACCCAGUAUUCAAAGCUUCCAAUAGAGCUGCAUCCUUAUCUUCUGGCCUUUCAUCUUGGUGUGGGCCACCAUUUCGGCCUUGCAGCCCCCCGCCUGGCACCAAUGCUUGUGAACAUUGAAAAUCCCACGCCUGCUCCUCCCGAUCGCGGACCGAAUCCGAAAGAGUCAAAAUACAAUGUCACCUUUGAUUACAACCUAUCCGGCAAUUUUUCGAUGCAAUUAAGCAUCGGAACCCUCACUUCUGCUGUUCCCAGACAACACGUUGCUGCAGCUUCUGGGGCUCAGAACAGGUCUUCCGAGAACGAUGACUUAGGAAGUCUCGAUAUGGAAGACGAUGAUGACGGUGACCAGUCAACCUCUCAGGCUACUUGGAAGCAACGAUAUAUGAAGCUUCGAGCACAGAUGCAGAAAAGGGACCGCGCUCUUUCACAGUACAAGCGCAACAUUCUUGAUUCAGUCAUGGCUGACAUUUGA